AGGCGCCACGUACGCCGAAGUGUGAAUUCUGACCACGUCGGGGUUUAGUGCAUGCAUCGGCCGAAAUUGUGAAGAAAAUCAUUUCCCACAAACUCCUUAUUUUGGAAACUUUGACUGCCGUGUAAUACAACCUUCUGUGAUUGGAGCAGUCUUCUAGGAAUUUCCUUGUCUUAAAAUGGCACACACCAUUCUUCUCAUCCAACCAGGACCAGCCGAGACGAGAACAUACUCUGACUAUGACUCUGUCAAAGACUGCAUGGAAGGAGUUUGCAAGAUCUACGAAGAACAUCUGAAACGAUGCAAUCCCAAUAGCCCAUCCAUCACAUACGACAUUGGCCACCUGUUCCAGUUCAUCGAUGACCUCAAGGAUCUCAGCUGUCUUGUAUUUGAUAGGAAGACAAUGUCGUAUCGUCCCCACAACAAAGACUUCUUCAAGGAGCAGAUCUACAAGCAGCUGAAGGAACAGGCAUCAAGAUGAGAAUGACGGCAGAAAUGCUGGACCAGAUAAGCCGAGGAUAAAUCCAACUUACCAAGCAAAUAGAGGGGACAACAAUGAAAAGCCAAACUUUGUAUUAGAUUCCUGCAGUGAUGUAGCUGUGCAUAAUUUCUAUGUGACACAUAUGGAACAUAAUUUGCCCGAGUCUGUCUACUCAAAUAAAACUAGAACUUAGCUUGAGAAUUCUCCAGCCUAUUCCCCCAUGCCCCCUUCCCUUAAGGACUAACACCCUCUGCCUAAAACAUUUACUACUAUACAUAUUGAUUCUCAAAUUCAUCUCGUCAAUGAUUGGCUGAAGGGCAGCAAGAAAUACUAACAGUAAUUUUGAAAAAAAUCAAAAUCAGCUGAUCUUAACUAUGUGAUUAUGUUGACUUAUCAUUUAGAUUUACUGUUAGCAUUUGAAAUUUCUCAUCACAAGCACUGUUGUAAUAUCGCUGCUGUUCAGAUGGACCUGAAAAGUUCUUUGAUGGGGAAGGAACUGUGAGUCUUUGUACAUAAUUAAAAUUCCAUCUCUUUUUUUUCCUUUUCACAUUACUUUGUAGAUAUAGCAGUCAUGACUUUUGUAGAAGUGUGAGCGAAAUCUGUUAUGUAAGUGCAUGGAUACUUUUGUAUGGAGAUGAGAAGCACUUGUACUAUUGCAGAAUAUUUGCGUAUGAUAGUUUUACAGACAAGAAUGACAGUGUAUCACUGUACAACGCUCUCCACCGCAACACUGUUGGAAGAGUUUCCAGUUGUUGAUGGCUGUAUAGGUUGGCUGUGUUUGUCGGGAUUUGUGCCAACUAAGUAUUGAGGCAAGUUGUUGCCAAUGUCUCAUGAAGUAAACUUCUGUGGAAAAAAAGGUCACAGUUUUCCUUUUCAAUAUCAUCUUCUCUCUACCAAUAGUUUCUGAUGUUAAAAUUGCAGGAACCUGAGUUGUAUGCCAGUUAUUCAUGUGUUUCCAUGUUUUUAUCGCAUUACUUUUUGGCACAAGAGUUACAUAUCCUUCAUCUGACAAGUUGGGAAAAUGCAGUGCCGUCUUGGCGUCAGAAAUGCAAAAGUAUUGAUAGAUUGUUGCAAAUGUAAGAAAUACUGGAUGCAAUGGUUUUGACAUUAAUUUCAGAAUUAAGUGGGUUGCGUGUAUCAUGUGCUUGCUAUUCAGUUCAGUUUCACUUUUGGGUUUGUAUGUGUUUGCUUUGUUUUAGUUUGUUGAUUUUGUUGAAUAAUGUGAAUUGAAACUUUCAAAAUAAGUCUGCCACUCUUUGAAUUAGUAAUUCAUUCAACCAAGUAAAUGUAAUCAUAAUUUAAAUCAGUGUUGGUUGAUUAGAAGUUUUUGAGUUCCAUCGUCAGUGACAUAUUUCAAGGUUCUUUUCAAUACCCGUACAACCGAGAUUUUAUGUAGUUUAAUCAACAAAAAGUUCAUAGUGUUUCUCACAUUUGCAUGUGUAAAAUACCUUGUCUUGUAUUUCUUACACUGUUCAUUGAAGGAUUUUUAUUCCUAAAACUGUUUCUUUUUGUAAAUAUUUUUGAGGAGAGAAACAGCACUUGUGUUAGUUGAGUAGAAUAAAAUGGAUUAGUCUUAAAAAGAAA